AUGAUCCAUAGACCGCGAUUAGAAAAUCAAAAUCAAAAUAAAUUCAACCAGGAUUGUGAUUGUGAUGAAGUAAACCAGUUAUUCUUGAAGUAUGUGGACAAGUUGGUAUCAGGGAGGACAGUGGCAACAAUCUUAUUCCCACUCUGUAGCAAAGACAAGGGCAUGAAAUGGCUGGCAGAAAAGGGUCAUUGUGCUGUAGGCGUUGAGAUACAAGAGGAAGCCAUUAGAGAUUUCUUUAAAGAGUCAAAGCUGGACUUUACAGAGAGAAAGGCGCCAGAUGAUGAUAUAAUCAUAUUUGAGAGUGUAAAAAAGGACCUCAAAGGUGUUAUCAAAAUAUACUGCUGUGAUAUAUUUCAUUUUAAAAGAGAGUAUGAAGGUGUAUUUGAUGGUAUAUGGGACAGAGGUGGAUUUGUAGCAGUGCAAAGAGCAGAUGUAAAUAUGUAUGUUGAUAUGUUAAAACAACUUAUGUCCCCAUCGUGCAAUAUUCUACUUAAUAUUUUGAAGUAUGAGAGAACCAAAUAUAAAGGCCCUCCCCAUCACCACACAGAGGAAGAAGUUGUGAGUUUAUUUGGUGAGGAAUACACAGUCACAUGUGUCCAUAGCCACACUUCCCCAGCCCCUCAAUUUAACUUGGAAGAAGUAGACAGACGCUGCUUAUUAGUGUCCCACAAAGAGCAUUCUAUUGCGAGUAAUCGCAACUUGUCAGAGUACUGGAGAACAUGUUGGGAGAAAGGCACUCUACAUUGGCAUAAGAACGACGUUCAUAAGUACCUUAAAAAGUACUUAAAGACGUUAACACGAGGCAAGCCAACCCUCAGGAUUCUUGUUCCUCUUUGUGGAAAAGCUGUUGACAUGAAAUGGUUGAGUGACCAGGGUUACACAGUGGUUGGUGUUGAGACUGAGGAGAUUGCUGCAAAAACCUACUUUGAGGAACAGGAGAUCCCCUAUACAGUAAGCAAAGACAAGACUCUAGGCUGUCCCCUCUACUCAAGUGAAGACAACCUCACUAGGAUAUAUUGCUGUGAUUUCUUAAAAUUUGACAGAGAUGUUGAAGGCCAAUUCGAUGCUGUUUGGGACAGAGGGGCUUUUGUUGCUAUUGAACCAUCUGACAGGCCCAGAUACUGCCAAGUUCUCCUGAGUUUGAUGAGGUCAGAUGUUGUAUGUCUUCUGGUAUCUUAUGAAUAUGAUUAUACCAAGUACAAUGGCCCACCUCACCAUGUAGCUGAUGGUCAACUUCAAGAACUCUUUGGUGCUGAUUGUGAUGUUCUAAGACUUGAGCUAAAUGAUAGUUUUGGUGAGCAACAUCGUGCCUGGCGUCUUUCUGCUUUCCAUCAGAAGGUACACUCUCUCCAGAAAAGGAAGAUACAGAACAUGUCUACAGCACGUGCUGCCCUGGAAUGGAACAAAGCAUGGACCUCAUGGGAUCCUGACAGAGUUCCUUUCCACAAAGUUGACGUCCAUGAGGCAUUGGAGACCUACAUAGAGCCAUUGACUGAUGGUAGAACAGAAUUAAAAAUAUUUGUGCCUUUGUGUGGGAAAUCUGUUGAUUUAAAAUGGUUGUGUGAUAGAGGUCACCACGUGGUAGGUGUUGAGAUAGCAGAGCUGGCAAUACAACAGUUCUCAGAGGAGCAGGGAAUUGAAUUUAAGUCACAACCUAUUGGCCCAAUAGAGGGCACUGUGUACAAGAGUAUUGAUGGAAAGUUGGAGAUCCUCAGUUGUGACCUAUUUAGCAUAUCUAGGCAAGUGAUUGGUGGAUUUGAUGCUGUGUGGGAUAGAGGUUCACUAGUUGCCAUCAAUAGAGACCAGAGAAAGGAAUAUUCGCAGCUGAUGCACUCCUUGGUUAAGGACGAUGGCAAAUAUCUCAUCACAGCCUCCCAGUAUGACAUGGACCAGUACUCAGGGCCUCCUCACUGUGUUACACCAGCUGAUAUGGAGACGUUAUAUGGAGAGAAGUUUGAAAUUGAAAUACUAAAGGAGUUUAAUAUGCCUUCUUUUGGCAUGGAAGAGUAUACAAUGCGAUAUUACCUGCUGAGUAGAAGUUGCGUAGAUGUUGGACCAUCACCUGCUAAAAAAACCAAGUACUUCAAAACUUGACAAUCCCAAGUGAACUAUUGAAAACAAGGGGGUGUGAUCUUGCAUGCCUUAUCGUGACAAUUGUCUACAUAAUCACUCUACAGAACUACAUAUAUACUUGUAUAUAUAGAACCUGUUAUUUUAUCAUACAUGUAACUAAAUGCACAAUUUAUUGCACAAAUACGUGUAUAUAUGGAACCUGUUAUUUUAUCAUACAUGUUACUAAAUGCAC